CAUAAAAUUGAUUCGUUAAACGAAAAGUAUAAAAUUAAUGAAAUCUCUAUUUGAGUUCGAGUUGUACUGCAUGUCACGCUAAAAGAAUUGUCUAUUUUAACUGCGAUGUUACGGUUAGGGUGUACUUUCAAAAGUCUGAGCUCGUUAAAUGCUCUCAAGAGACAAUCGAUUCCGGUAAGACUCUGUAAAUUUUCGAGAGGAUGCCGCAAGUUACUUACCACGGAGGCUUCUACCGCAACAGCAACAGCAACGGCAGAAAUCUCUCUCAGAGCCACAAAAAUAACAGGCUUCUGGUUAUUGGGAUGUGCUGGCAUGGCAGUUGGCUCUGUUGUUCUGGGAGGAGUCACGCGGCUGACAGAAUCUGGUCUGUCAAUGGUCGACUGGCAUCUGAUUAAAGGAAUGAAGCCACCAACAACACAAGAGGAGUGGGAAAAGGAGUUUGAAAAAUACCAGAAGUUUCCUGAAUAUAAAUAUACCAACCAAGGAAUCAGUCUCACACAGUUUAAGUGGAUCUGGUAUAUGGAGUAUGCUCACAGAAUGUGGGGUCGUUUGGUUGGAGUUGCAUUUUAUCUUCCUGCGGGGUACUUCUGGUACAAGGGCUGGUUUAAUAAAGGAUUGAAAAUGAGAGUUGUGGUGUUUGGAGCACUCUUACUGAGUCAGGGUUUGAUGGGUUGGUACAUGGUCAAGAGUGGCCUUGACGAGGAACUUAUCAGUAAAACAGAGAUUCCCCGAGUCAGUCAGUACCGCCUCGCUGCACAUCUGUCACUUGCUUUUCUUUUGUAUUCUGGAUUGGUGUGGAGUGGUCUGAGUCAGUUCAUCCCACGACCAAGGUAUGUAAUGACCUCACAACUAAGGCAGUUCAGGAGAUUUGCUCACACGUGCAAGGGCUUUGUAGGACUCACUGCAGUUUCAGGUGCUUUUGUUGCCGGUUUAGAUGCUGGUCUUGUGUACAACUCUUUUCCCAAGAUGGCAGACUGCUGGAUUCCAAGCGACUUUUUCGCGCUCGAACCAAAGUGGAAAAACUUCUUCGAAAACCCGACAACAACUCAGUUUGUCCACAGAAUUCUUGGAACUACCACUGUGUCUUCCAUCGCCAUUUUGUUUUUACUCGCAAGGCCACUAAAACUGCCCGGAAGAGCUAACAUAGCGUUAAACUGUCUGCUGGGAAUGUCCGCCGUGCAGGUCACUCUCGGCAUUUCUACGUUACUGUUAUAUGUUCCAACUCAUCUCGCUGCACUACAUCAAGCUGGUGCUGUGUCACUGUUAACAAUUGCUCUUUGGCUCACAAACGAACUCCGCAAGCCCCUUGUACCAAAAUGAGGCCUCCUUGUACCAGGUGUUGACCAAGAUUCGAACUUGGGUUCCCUCUGGCUUAAUUUAAAGAACAGAAGAAGAAGGCUUUUUAACGAAGAGUAACCUUAGCAAUAUGACAUUAAUUCAUGCAGAUACACUCAGAAUUGAAAGCAUUGGGCAUCUCUUUCAAGAUCUAGCCUUUGUUAUCAAACUUUAAGCAUAUCUGAAUUGUGUCGGACAUUGUUUUCAACAUGCUUAAACACUUAAAGCAAGGUGUACGCUUCAGCCUCAGUUUGGCAUACAGCGAGCAAGAGGCUUGAGGAUUGACAGUAAUCCAAAAAUUGCUUUGGAUUUGCUCCGCUGCGCGCAUUGAUUUGUCACGAAAGUUGUCUCCAACUUCUCCACCAAUCAGAUGCAAUACUUAAACCAAUCGUGACUUGACCCCGGUUACACGUGGUUUCCCGCGCUUGAUAGCGGCCACUUGUGUUCACUCUGAGUUCCGAUUGGCUCGAUAUUUUUUCUAUUGAUCUGAUUGCCUGGUGUUAUUAUUUUGUUUUUGUUCUAACGUCACUGAAUCGAAAACGCUGCAAGGGUAUUUGUUAAGUUGGAUAUGUUAAGGGUACAAACUCGAUCAGAACUAAAAACGCAUCUGACAAUAUGCGUAUCUACUUCUUUAUUUUCACGCGUAAAGCAGAGUUCACCUAAAUUCAGUUUUAAUUUUACUUCUGUUUUGGAAAGAACGACUUCAUAUUGUUAAUGUCCUUACUUGUGAGGUAGAGGAAAUCGAUUAAUUGCUGAAGAUAAAUUAACGUGGAUUUCUUCAAUAAAAUUCUGGUGGAACCCAUAUAUGACAAUGA